UGCUGCAUGCGCUAGCUGUUUAUGGUAACUGAACCGUUCAGAGUUUUGGCAUUGUAAAUUUAAAAAAAAUAUAAUCAGUGGCUAUUACAUAGUAUGGUACCUAUUAUAAUAUUAUCAAAUCGAUGGAUCUGAAUCUACAAAUGACCCAGAGUUAAUUUAGCCACGAUGACGAACACAUUUCCAUUGGUGUUGCUCUUUUUAUUCGGCGUGGUUUUUGGUAGCCAAUCGCCUCCUUGGGUGCUCAACAGAGCUGACCCUGGUAGUGGUGGUGUGUCGUUCUUCAACAAUACUGUCACUGACUCGUACAUGAUGGUAAGAUGGACCUGGAGGGACUCGGCAAGCGGCUUCUGGGAUACCAGAUUAAGAGUAACGCUUAAUAAAGAAGAAAUAACUGGUGGUGGAUUCUCGUAUUCUGAUCAGUAUGAAAACGAACUGGCGUCGGUCAGGUGGUUUAGAACUGAAAUGAACGGACCAAUCAAAUGGAAGUACACUUCAUUUGCCUCGCCUCCCAAUAGCUGGUGGAUGACUUCGGUGGUGCCGAACGGCAAUAUAUCUUGGGGAUUCAAAAAUCAAAUCAUUGACGGCUCGUGGGUGUUUAAAGUCGGUAACGAUACGCUUGAACCGAAAAACUCUCAAAAUGUUGAUGGAUGGUCGUCGCAAGCGGCAGGAAAUAGAUGGAGGAGAUCUUUGAAAUCACAUGAGAAUGGCGUUCACAACUUACAAACAGAACAAGAGCAUUUUACUAAAAUAAAACGAAGAGCCCUUGAUGACUACUCCGAUGAAGAGGAAGAAGAUAUAAUUCAAAAAAUUAUUGGUUGUUUCGUGGAAUUUUUCAAUCAAUUCGAAAAAAUUAUUCAAAAUAGUAGGUUAUUUAAGUAGUAAUUAUAGCAAUAAGUCAAUACAAUAAUUAAUUACACUACUUUCCAUGAAAAACUAUUUUUUUUCCUAGAAAACAAUACUAGGUAUU